AACUUCAAACCACGCCUGGGGGUGCAACGGCUGUUUUUCAUUGGACUGGAGAAGAGGGUUUCAUGUUUCAAGGAAGAGCGAACGUACCUAGUGUGGAGUAUUACGGAAGAAAAGUUGAGGGUGUAGGAAACAGUGUAACAAUAGUUAUAGGCCUAUACAGUCCUACACUGAAUGUUAUUUUGGUGUUACGGUAUUAUGCUGGGGUUUUCUGUUGCCUACUAACGUUAACUGUAACCUAGGCUACUGAUAUAGUUGCAAAUUGGUAACACCGGUAGUUUUUAUUCUUAAACAAAAUCCGGUAACAAAUUGUUUUUAAAGAAACGAGACAAUACUAUAAAACACAAUGUCACACUGUGACCAAAUUUUGGAAAAAGAUGUGGAUUCCUCGCCAACCGCGACCACAAACUCAAGCUCUAAAAACGGAGAUAACGGGGACGCCGUUAUCAAUGCGAGGGCAGUGUGCCGCGUUUGUAAAUGUUUAUAUCGCGAGCCUAAAAUUAUGCAGUGUUUACACACCUUCUGCGCAGACUGCGUUCGUCAACUGGAACCAUUUUCGGUGUCUUCGGGAGUACACAAUGGUAAAGCGGUCCCUCUGGGAGGCGAGCCGCCCUCUGCCGUCACCGUUCUCUGUCCGGAGUGUGACUCCGAAGUGGACAUCCCGUUGUCCGGAGUGGACGGGCUGACCACUGACCACUUGGCCCUGGACGAAGUGUUUCUGGAGACGCUGAUGAGCAAGAACUCUGUGGUAUGCGACCUGUGCAGCGACGGGGACGCAGAGAAGCGUUGUGAGGUGUGCAGUGUCAACCUGUGUGAGUUUUGUAUUCAAGCACACAGGAGACAGAAGAGGACGUCGUCUCACACCGUCCAGUGUCUGGAGGACCUGAAGACCCAGGGUUGUCUCUCUCGGCCCGUCCUGUGCUCCCUCCACCCUGCCCAGGAGCUGCGUCUCUUCUGUGAGCCCUGUGACCUACCUGUCUGCCUGGAGUGUGCCGCCACCUUCCACCGCGACCACCGCUGCCUCCCCACACGUGAUGUCAUCGAUCGCCAUGGGGGACGUAUCCGGGAUUUGGUUACCGGGCGCCUGCGGCCACGGCUGGACCAGCUGGAGGAGUCACUGCGGAAGGUGGACCUAUCCCAGGAGACCUUGCAGACCAGGGUGGAUGCAGCGGUGGACGAGGUGCGUUCCUUUGCACGAGGCUAUGCUAGCGCUGUGGAGUCGCACUGCCUGUUGCUGCUACGGCGCUUAGAGGAGCUGGGUCUGCAACGCAGGAGUCAUCUCCAUCUGCAGAGGGCGCAGCUGCAGCAGGCCCUGUCGGACACCCGCGGGGGGGUGGAGUUUGCCGAGCGGCUGCUGACGUGCGGGUCGGACGCAGAAAUCCUCAGUGCUAAGGACGUGACCCUCCGCAGGCUGGUUGUCCUGAUGGAGACUGGUUACAACCCCCCCCCAGAAGCCGUCUGCCCCGAUGAAGGGAGCAGUAUUUGCUUCCUGCCACAGGAGAGUGCAGGCGAGGUGGCGGGGUACCCGAUGGUGGGGGUGAUCCACACUAAGACCCUGGAGCUCAGCAGGUGCACCAUUGAAGGGGAAGGUCUGCAGCGUGGCAGGGAAGGCCAGAGAGGGGAGUUCACCCUGGUGUGUAGAGACUUUGCUGGGGAGCAGAUGGGUCGUGGAGGGGAAGCUGUCCUGGUCAGUAUGGUCCAUAAGGAGAAGAAAGACUGCAGAGUGGAGGCGGCGGUGGUGGAUAACAAUGAUGGCUCCUAUUCUGUCUCCUACACCCCCAUGGAGCCAGGGCCCUACUCUGUGUGGGUGUGUGUCAAGGCCCUACACGUUAAGGGUUCCCCCUUUGUCCUGAAUGUGAGGAGACAGGUCCGGUGGCACCGUGGAACGUUCCACUGCUGUUCCUUCUGCUCCAGUGGGGGUUCUAAAGAGGCCCGUUGUGGCUGCAUGGGAACCAUGCCAGGAGGGUUCCAGGGCUGUGGUCAUGGCCAUAAGGGUCACCCCGGUAAGCCCCACUGGUCGUGCUGUGGAAGUACGGUGGAGGCCUCAGAGUGCUUGCCACAGAGUGUCAUAACGGCAGUGGGUGGAACAAUAACAGCAGUGGGGGGGACAGGCUCACCUCGGGGCCACCUCAGGACAGUGGAGCUCUGAGGGACAGGGCCAGGACACCCCUACCCCCACCAGAUAUCAUGGGUCUACAAAUCAACCCUUUCAGAAUUUCUAUUUAUUUCUAUUUUCAAGAUGUAGAUUUUAUACACACUACACAAAACAAUAUUUGUUGUGAUCCGCUACUGUAGCCAACUAUUCUGUCAUUUCUAUUGUUUUGCAUGUUACAUCACAAGACUGAUUUAGUGCCUUUCAUGUAUUUGAAAGACCAUUAUUUUUAUUCUGAAAUAAAUAACACUGGAAUAACUUAAUGUGUCGUACAAUAUUAACAGUUAUGAGGUUUCUAUCCUGAAUACAAAGCAUAACAUACAGUUGAAGUUGGAAGUUUACAUACACCUUAGCCAAAUACAUUUAAAUUUAGAUUUUCACAAUUUCUGACAUUUAAUCCUAGUAAUAAUUCCCUGUCUUAGGUCAGUUAGGAUCACCACUUUAUUUUAAGAAUGUGAAAUGUCAGAAUAAUAGUAGAGAGAAUAAUUUAUUUCAGCUUUUAUUUGUUCAUCACAUUCCCUGUGAGUCAGAAGUUUACAUACACUCAAAUAGUAUUUGGUAGCACUGCCUUUAAAUUGUUUAACUUGGGUGAACAGUUUUGGGUAGCCUUCCACAAGCUUCCCACAAUAAGUUGGGUGAAUUUUGACCCAUUUCUCCUGACAGAGCUGGUGUAACUGAGUCAGGUUUGUAGGCCUCUUUGCUCGCACACAUUUAUUUCAGUUCUGCCCACACGUAUUUUCUAUAGGAUUGAGGUCAGGGCUUUGUGAUGGCCACUCCAAGUCUUGUUCUUAAGCCAUUUUGCCACAACUUUGGAAGCAUGCUUGGGGUCAUUGUCCAUU